AUACUCCUCGCUUCGCGUCUCUUUCUAAUACUAAAACCCUAGAAUCAAAGCAGCGACCUUUAGCGCUACCGCUAUCCACUCGCCGCCAUGACCUUCAAGCGCAGGAAUGGCGGCCGUAACAAGCACGGCCGCGGCCACGUCAGGUUCAUCCGCUGCUCCAACUGCGGCAAGUGCUGCCCUAAGGAUAAGGCCAUCAAGAGGUUUCUCGUGAGGAACAUCGUUGAGCAAGCCGCAGUAAGAGAUGUGCAGGAGGCGUGCGUCUAUGAUGGUUACACUCUUCCGAAGCUGUAUGCUAAGAUGCAGUAUUGUGUAUCUUGCGCUAUCCACUCUCACGUUGUGAGAGUCCGGUCCCGGGAGGCGAGGAGGAUUCGCGAGCCUCCGCAGCGCUUCAGACGCCGGGAUGACACGGCGCGACCUGGGCAAGGCCCGCGCCCAGCUGGAGCUCCUGCGGUGCGCCCGUGAUGUGUCUCUUUUAUUUCUCAAUCGAGCAAUCUCGCUAGUCAGCCCUAAUAAUGAAGAGUCUUUGAACUAUUUCCAUAGGAGUCGGUUUUGUUUCGGAUAUCGUGAUGCUAGUUCUACCCUUGUUGUGUAUCUUCUUUUGUUUUACCAUCUCUGUUUUGAGCACUAGUGUCUUACAAAACUUGCAUAGUUUCGAAUGUCUUUUUAUGAUAUAUGAAGCUUUUCAACAGUUCAGGGGUUAUUGUUUUGAUGUUGUUAUGGAAGUGGUAAAUGUUAUAUUGGGUGAAACACUCGCUAACUUAAUUUGGUAGAAAACGGUGUUUUUAAUAUUUAUAUCCAA